AGCUUUGGGUCCCUUCCCAGCUCUAAAAUCCAAAAGGAGAUAAAAGAAAUUACAAGGAAAAGGAAACAGAGUCCUCUCAAGUUCACAACUCCCCCCUCCCCCAAUAUAUCUCCCUUCCAAUUCCUCCAGGAUAAAACCAACCAAGCGAGAAGCCCUCUCCUCUCCAAUUCUAUUUCUCUCCGCCCCUCAGAGGUAACCCCAACCGCUGCUCCUCUCCAACCCAAGUGCAGUCCUCCGGGAAAAAAAAUCCCAUAUCGAGAUAGAAACUAAAAUUUCGGAAGCGUAAGAAGAAGGAAUAGAGAGAAAGAGAGAGAGAUUUUUGUGAGAGUUAGAAGGAAGGGGGAAAGCAAAGAAAGAAAGAAGGGAAGAAUCAGAGAAAGACUGGACUCUCCUUUCCCUCCGCCGCAAGGUCUCUCCUCACUAUAAAUAUAAAAUCGCAUCUAAAUUCUAAUCCUCACCCCUCCCCCAACUCCUCCUCUCUUUCUUCUAUUGAAGCGCGACUCUUGAAGCAAAACGGGAAACACCGCCGCCGAAAUCGAAGCGAGGGUUAGGGUUUCCCACUUCCCCUGCAACUUCUCGCAGAGGGGAGGAGGGUUUGAUUUCGAAUCUCCUCUCCCCGUCCCAUCUCUUUGCCCCCUUCCUGUCUCUAGGGUUUCUCUCAAAAUCGCUGUUUUUUUUUUUUCCUGGAUUCUUGGUUCCUGGUUUCCCCGAUCCUAGGGUUUCGGUUCGGCACCAAUCUUCUACAAAAGAUGGUCCCUUGGAUGGAUUAAGGUUCUUCUUCGUUCUUCCCAUCUUUUUUUGGUUCGAUUUCUGCACGAUUUUUCUUUUCUUUUUUCGUUUUUUUUUUUUUUGGGUUGAGAUGAGGGUCUCUUAAGGGCAUUUGGAGGUUCUUCUUUUUCUAUGAAUUAGGGUUCGUUUUUGCGAUGAGGAUAUUCUGAUUCCUUGGCUUGUUUGGUUUGAAACGUGGGUGUGUCUGAUUCGUUCGGAAGCCAGUUGGAGAUACCCACUAAUCUUCUGCUGCAUUCUUGAAGCCGUCUGAGGUAUUUGGAUUUUGGGCGCUUGAAGCUUUUCUGGAGGAAUACAAAGGUGGGGUGGCUUCGGCAUCCCAAGUGGAUGCCGGGUUCUGGCCUCCAUUAGGCCAGCAGGGGCGUCGCAAUUUCCAGAUUGAGAUCAGGAUUCAGUUUGGAGGUUGGAUUAUAGAGGGUGGAGGGUGGAUUGAAAGUCUGCAGAUAUAGCAAAUUUUUUUGUUUAGAUGAUGGUCUGUAUUCGUUAUGGAGCGAGGUGAGCCGACAUUUGUUCCCGAGUGGUAUAAAAGUUCGUCUACCAGCGCCAGUGGCAGUAGCAGUUCAAACCACCAUAGUGGGUCUUCCUCGCAUUUAGACGACCAUGGUGUUGGACAUUCCUCAAGAAACAGAUUGUUGGUGAGUGCGAGUGAGCAUGAUGCUCCCCGAAGCUCCCCUUUCCGGAGGAGUGCAAGCAGUAAUGGAUCCAUGAGCCAUGAUAAGGAUAACUCUUUGCACUCACGGCCAUAUGCUAGUUUUGGUAGGAGCUAUCGUGAUAGGGAUUGGGAGAAGGAGAAGGAUGUCGACCUUCGUGACAAAGAUAGGUCCCAUUUGGUGGACAAUGGAUUCGGUGACUAUUCUGAUUCAUUCAUGGGAAGUAGGUCUGAGAAAGACACACUCAGGCGCUCCCACUCUAUGGUAUCAGGAAAGCGAGUUGAGUCAUUGCUUAAAAGACCGGGGAAUGAUUUGAAAAAUGGUAUACUAUCUGGGGUGAGUAUUAUUGGUGGCAUCGGUAAAACGUCCUUCGAGAGAGACUUUCCAUCUCUCGGAGCUGAAGAAAAGCUGGGCCAACCAGAAAUAGGCAGGAUUUCUUCUCCUGGUCUUACCUCUGCAAUUCAGAACCUUCCUAAAGGGAUUGGCAUUGAUGGUUGGACCUCAGCUCUGGUAGAUGUUCCAGUUACAGUUGGAGGCAGUGGAACAGUUCCUUCAUCCACUCCACAAAACACUUCUGCAAGUCUGGGAUCUACUGUUUCGAGUAGUAGUACAGGGUUAAACAUGGCCGAAACACUGGCUCAGGUACCUUCACGAGUUCGUACACCACCUCAGUUAUCCAUUGAUACCCAGAGGAUUGAAGAACGGACUCGUCUACAAUACAGCAAGCUGAUACCUGUGACUCCUUCAAUGCCUAAAAGCUCGGCUCUCAACUCUUCAGAGAAGUCAAAAGCCAAAGGAGCAAGAAUUGGAGAUCUUGGUGGUCCUUCCAAGGUUGGGCAGCCGCCAUCUCAACUAGUCAGUCUCACCCCCCGUGCACCUGCUAGAACAGAGACUUCAAAGGUGUCUCAGGUGGGAAAUUUUCAAGUCCUCAACCGUGAGAGAAAUGGCCUCUCUCCUACUGCCAAAGAUAGCCCAGGUCUGAUGAAUGCCAGCAGAAUUGCAACCGCACACAGCAGUGUUCAGACAACUGCAAUUCAUCAACCAAAGGGUGCUGUUAACCUGAAGCUGAAGCCAGACGGCAAGGCAGGUGCUCCAUCUUCUACUCAGAGUUCCUUUGGGGAAAAAAGGCCUAUUUCUCAGGCGCAGAAUCGUAAUGAUUUCUUCAAUAUCAUUCGGAAGAAAUCACCUACAAGCCAUUCUGCUGAUAUUACUGAGCCAAGCUGUGUUGCCUCUGCAUCCUGCUCGGCGAAGUUGGAUGAGCAGGUAACAGGGACUUCCACUUCUGUUAAUCAAGGAAAGGACAGUUCUGCAUCUUGUUCUGAAUUGGAGUGCCCAGUGGAGGAUGGGAAUGGUUGUACUGAAGAUAGUACCGGUGUCUGUGAAGUGCCCAGCAGGUCUGUUCCUGGCAAUGAAGAGGAGAGUUCAUCUUCAGACCCUGCUGUCCCAGAUUCUGGUCCUGGCAAUGCGGGAGAGAGUUCUUCGGGCCCUGUUCUUGCCCCAGCAUCUGCUCCUGACAGCAUCGAUGGAAGUUCAUCUUCAGACCCUGUUGUUGUUCCAAGUGAGGAAGAAUUAGACUUACUGCGACGACUUGGAUGGGAUGAAAAUGCAGAGGGAGAUGCUCUAACACCUGAGGAGAUUGAUGAUUUUGUCCGUCGGUAUAAGGGUCGAAGGACAUCUUUGAGGGUGGGCCAACGUGAGAUACGGCCAUUGAGGAUGGUGCUUCCAGACUCAGGUCAGAGUGACGUAGCUGGCAAUCGUUUGAAUUGAACUCAUCUGAGAAGUGGAAGCGUGAUUUUGCUGAACAACCACUGCUUCCAUGGCUAAGAAGGCUCAAAUUUUUGCGGUCAAAGGAAUUUUUCAAUUGACUUCAAGAGGAUUUGAAAUGCGAAGAAAAUGGAGUGGUAUGGAAAUCUGCGAGGUUAAAAGAAGAGGAAGUAGUUUUUUCCUGUCUUGCUUCCAAAAAGAAACGUGAUGUGAAAUGCAAAAUAAGAUGCAUUGCUUCAGUCCUCAAACUCAUGUGCUGUCCUACCAAACUUUAGGGUGCUUUUUCAUAGAAGCCUCUUCCCUUUUGAUUUUGUUGGAUUGGUUGAGGGUUAACAGGAAAGGUAGAUAGGGUACUAGGGUACAAGAAAAUUGCACAGUUUGGAAACAUCAGGGCUUUUUUACCUUUUUGUCUUUUGUUUUAUUUUCUUUUUAACUUUUUGGCAAUAUUCAAAGAAAGAUUAUGGUGCUUUUAGUGAUAGAGAGGAAAAGUAGCCAGUUUCAUCAACCUGGACCCGCUUUUGCAUGAAUCAAUGCAGUAGUUAUUGUAUGGGGAUGCACCUAAAUGAACCUCAUCAAUAGGAAUGGCAGCUAGUUGAUUUGCUUUCUUUGUUUAUUUUUUAUUUUUAGUGAACACAAGGCCUAAGAUCCAUAAUGAAGGGGUUGAUUAUCUAGAACGGGUACUUGAUGCCGAGGCGUCAGGCCUUUUUGCUUCAGCAUUGUCGGUGGCCUGUACCUGGUUUUAUGUGGCUAUUGUUGACAGAUAUUGCUUUGUGAUGGGCUUCGGAACCCUUGAAUGUGGUUGGAAGAAUGCGUGAGAAAGAUGCAAGCAGUAUCAAAUGUGGAAUUUUAGUUUGUACAAAUCACUGAAAGAUAAUAAAACAUUUUUGCAACUGAAUAUUUGAGGGCA